ACUCCUGUAGAAACACACUUAAACUUCUUAAACUCCUGCACUACCUGUUUUUUUUCCCUGAUUCUCUCUCUCUUGCUUCCUCCCUUCUCCCUUCCUCUUUUUCUCGUUUCCUCCUUGCUUUCCCUCUCUCUGACUUUCUUUCUUUCCCCCCUUUCUCUUCUGCAGAGUUUGAGCAGUCAGGAUGCUAUGUUGCACUACAGGAAGUGGACAGCAGCUCGGAGAUGAGGGGGGAAGUCACCAUGCUCAACACCCUCAAACAUUACAGGAUUCCUGAUGGGUCGACUAUCAAGGUCAUCACAAGGAAAGUUCAAGGCCCCCAAAGCUCUACGCUCAGUUUCAAAGAGGAACCUGAUUUUCAAACCAAGUACUUUCACCUGAUUGACCCUGAGUUAGCGGAGAACACAAAUUCAGUGAGAAAAAAGCAAGAGGUUAAAGAGGUUUAUCGGACCAAGCUGCUUUCUACCAAGGUGGCUGUGCAUUCAUAUGUAGAGAAUCUCUUCAAAACCAUCUGGGGCACAUCCAACAACAGGCCGCCGCACGCUGUCAAGUACAUCUUUGACAUCCUGGACUCUCAAGCAGAACUCAAGAAUAUCAGCGACCCUGACGUGCUGCACAUUUGGAAAACCAACAGCCUGCCUCUGCGCUUCUGGGUGAACAUUCUGAAGAACCCCCAGUUUGUGUUUGACCUGGAGAAGACGCCUCUCCUGGAUGGCUGCCUGUCCGUCAUCGCUCAGGCCUUCAUGGACUCCUUCUCCCUCACGGAGCAGCAGCCGGGGAUGCACGCCCCCACAAAUAAACAGCUUUAUGCCAAAGACAUCCCUCAGUACAGGCAGGAAGUGAAGGCCUACUACAAGAAGGUGCAGGAACAGCCAGCGCUCAGCAGCCGCGAGUUUAAAGACUUCCUGCAGGAGGAGUCAAAGAAACAUGAAAAUGAGUUCAAUGAGUCGUUGGCCCUCUGUGAAAUCUACACGUUCAUUCAUCGUUACUUUAACCAGAUCGAGCAGAAACUUGAGCAGAGCACUGCCCCCUCCAGGCUGAAAGAGGAACUGCAGCAAGUGAGAGAGCUGUUUGACAGAAAAAAGCACUUUCAGAUGACUUUGAAAUAUGUUUUCUUUUAG